AUGUACUUGAACGGGGUAGAUCGACAGCAGAUGUCGGCUGACAGGCCGCACAUGGUGGUGGCAGUGGACUUCGGAAUGACCUGUACCGGAGUUUCCUACGCAAACCUAUCCAUCGGCUCCGAGACCAUCCGCUGGAUUCAAAAGUGGCCCGGCCGCGGACAGGCGAAUGAGAACAAGGUCCCUACUGUCCUGGUCUAUCCUCAUAACUCGCAAAUUCCCUCUUCAUGGGGUUUCAACUCCGAAACGAUCUCCGAGCAGACGGCCGACGACAGAGAAUACCGAGAAUGGUUCAAGACAUAUCUCGACGUCUUCAGGCUCCAGAGAGCACAAGCCGAGCUCCCAAACGAUACUCCAAAAUCCAUCCACGAAGUGGAGAAGCUUUUUGAAGACUACAUGCGACAUUUGUACCAACACAUUGAAUUUGUGCUAAGCUACGAGCUUGCGGGUGCCUACUGGCCUGACGCAUACAUUGAAUUCAUCUUCAGUGUUCCUACAACUUGGAACAACCACACCGUGGAGAGAUUCAGAACGAUAAUUCAUCGAGCUGGAUUUGGGCAACACCUGAGACAUGUCGUCUCCAUAGGUCUUACCGAAGCGGAAGCCGCGGCUGUCCACACCUCGACUGAAGCCUCUGGAAUAUUCCGAGACCGAGACAUCCUCCUCGUGUGCGAUGCAGGUGGUGGAACUACUGACCUCUCCGUCUUGAAAGUUGUCACCAAUCAGAGCCAGUGGAUGUCUCUGCAGCAGCUCGAUGUUGUCUUUGGAGAGACUAUCGGCUCAGCAGCCAUCGACAAUGACUUUGAAAAUCUGGCUUUACAACGUCUAUCGAGAAUUGACCGCUCCGCCAUCGGGCUAGAGCCCGAAGAAGCAGCAUGGCAGAUGAUGAAGAGCAAGGAAUUUCAAAACGCGAAAUGCGAGCAUGGGUCGCCCAGUGAUACGCCUAUCUUCUCCAUCUGUGUUCCACAAAUCGACAGAAACUACUCGCAGGUGGACAUUGGAGUUAUGCAUGGAGAGAUGAGAUUUCGAAGAGAAGAUUUGCAACUGCUUUUUGAUAAGCAAGUACAAAAGCUAUUCGGACUCAUUGACCAUCAACUAGAGAGGCUCCAGAGAAGAUAUCCUGGUGAGCAAGUGACCCACGUGAUUCUUUCCGGAGGACUUGGAAAUAGCGCAUACGUACAGAAGCGUCUCAUGGAGAGAUAUGCUCGUGGGAGACACACCUUCCUCAAUGCUCAAAACAUCCACUUCCGGACUGCACCGGAUCCUCAGUUGGCUGUCUCCAAAGGUCUUGUCACAGACCAUCUUCGAAAGCUUAGGAGCGGAAAGAGUGUUUUGGACUGGCGCUGCUGCAGGGCAUCAUAUGGGACCUUGUGUAAGGUUGCCUAUGAGAAGAACAACCCAGACCACCGUGGCAAAAAGGUGCACAAAGACCCCAUUAACGGCAAGCUCUACAUAUCGAACGCCAUAGCUUGGUUCAUUCGGAAGGUAUCUAUGAAUGUCCUGGAGAUAGGACUAAACACUCACAUUUACAAGGGCGAGCCGAUCCGCGUGAACGACGCAAUCAUGCACAACUUCAGCAGAAAGCUCACACCAGGGGACCCGCAGCGCGCCUUUCCGACAUGGAUCAUCAAGAGCGACAACGACGUCGACAUCCUGCCCUUCCAGAUGGGGCCGGGGGCCGAGAUCCUGUGCGAGAUCCAAUCCGACCUGUCCAACGCCGAUCAGCGGGAAUUCAAGCAAAAGAACCGGCGCUUCUGGCAAACGAGCCAGCGGCACUACCUCGUCGAGUACCAGAUCCAGGUCAUCAUCGGCCCAGCUGAUCUGCGUUUCGAACUGUGUAAGGAUCACGCGCCGCCGCGGCCCAAUGGCAGUGCCGGAUGGUUCAACGGCCAGAAGCUGAGCAGAGAUCAGCCCAUCCGCGUCGAGUGGUCGCCCGCAACGCCGCCGACGAUGAUGACGACGGCGGUGGUCGCUGCGGAGAUGCCGGCUACGCCGCAGACGCGACAUGCCUCGGAAGAGAGCGUAUACGUGCCGCGGAAUGAAGAGCACAGGCGUACGCUUGGAAGUUUGGCAAAUAUCCUGAGUGGUAGAUAA